AAUGCAGUCUCGCGUGAGGAAAACGUAAAAACAGCCGCAUAGCUAGAGUUCGAAGAGGAACCGUCGGUCGAAAGUUGCGAAUAUAUCUUGCAAAAUUGGGCUCUUUUAUCAGCUGUACCGUUAUCAGUGUGUAUACGAGAUUCGGGCAAUUUUGGAAGCUUGUUUUAUGGGAUUAAUAUGAGCUGAAUUUUCGCCAUUGGUAAUUUGAUCAUUUUCAAGCAACCGUUAUUAGGAACUUUCUGUUUUGCGGUGUCGGUAUGCAAGUGUUUAUUUUUGGACUAGUGCUUUUUGUCAGUGUUUUUAUUGGUAAUUAGCUUUCAGUCGAAAAUUAAGAGAAAGCUGUAAAUAUAUUUCCGAUAUCAGUGAUUUGAUAGGAAGAAUUAGUGUAAGAGAAAUAACGAUCGACUAGGUGUUUACUGUUGAUUAAGUGUAAUAUUCAGUGAUAGUCGGAAGGGCGUGAAAGUGGAAUUCAAAGGAAUUCGGAUUCCAGAAAUGGCCGAUGAUUAUUAUUUGCAUAACAAUGUAUCAAAUAGCGACGACUCGGAGUCAGAACUAAAUCUGAGCACUCCAGAAUUAAAAGGAUAUCUGAGCAAAUGGACCAACUACAUCCACGGAUGGCAGCCUCGGUUCAUCGUUCUCAAGGAUGGCACAUUAUCAUACUACAAAAGUGAGCAGGACAGUGACUUCGGAUGCCGUGGUGCGAUCAGCCUGCAGAAAGCCACGAUUAAGUCACAUGAAUUCGACGAAUGUCGGUUUGAUGUAUCGAUUGGCCAAAAUGUGUGGUAUCUUCGAGCCGAAACACCGGAGGAUAAACGAAACUGGAUUGAAGUGCUUCAGUCAUAUAAGACUGAAUAUCCCGAAACGGUGAGCCUACGCCGCCAUGGAAGUACCAUUUCCUUACAGUCCAAUACCUUAUCCACGGCCAGUGGAAGUAGCUUGAAACGGGUCAGUCGCGGUUUGCGUGAAAAAAUGCACGAAAUCGAAACAUACCGCGACAUACUAUAUGGGCAGAUUGACACUUUGCAACGUUACUUCGAUUCCCUGCACCAGAAGAAUGAAGACAAUAGUCCGCUCGAUUUGGGCGAUGGCUUGCGACCGAUUGAUUUCAAAGGAGAAGCAAUAACAUUCCGUGAAACCACUGCCGGUGUCAUUACUACUUUACAACACUGUUUGGAUAUUAUUUCUCAAAAGGAGGAGAGUUUCAAGAAAAAGUUUGACAGAGAAGUUGACAAGCGGAAGAAAGCAGAGGAGCAAUAUAGGCAAUGUAAAGAGGAGCUGGCUAAAAACAGGAAUUCUUCUAUACCUGGCCCUGAUUUAGAGGAAGGCCCUCAUUCGACAAUACCAGAAGAUGAAUUCUUCGAUGCGGUGGAGACUGGUCUCGACAAGAUAGAGGAAGACCGACAGCUGCGUGUCCGCCUAAAAUUUCAAUCUCAACAGUCACAAAUAAGCACGAACAGCUCUGUUCUUAGUAACCAAGAGACUGACGAUGGUAACCAGCAAUCAGAGGACUUUGGAACUGGUGUGCAGGCUCAUUCUCACAAACUGUGGCCAGAAAUCGACAGAAUCUGCACGGAGCAAUUGUAUCAAGCCCGCCAAGGUGUCGGAGAUGGUGGCAACGGGUGGCAAUUGUUUGCCGAUGAGGGUGAAAUGAAAAUGUAUCGACGGGAAGAGGAAGUUGAUGGGAUGGUGAUUGAUCCGCUGAAAUCCUGUCACGUGGUGAAAGGUGUAACAGCGCGAGAAAUGUGCCAUUACUUUUUCGAUCCCGCCUACAGAAACGACUGGGAAACAACGCUGGAAGAUGUACAGAUAGUGGAUAAUGUAGCCCCGGAUACAUUAGUCUUCCUGCAAACAUACAAGCGCAUCUGGCCGGCCAGUCAACGUGAUGCUCUGUUUUGGUCACACAUGCGAAAGAUCACCGAUAAUUUGGACCAGGGUGCGCACAAUGUUUGGGUUGUGUGUAAUCAUUCCAAUCAGAACGAAGAGUAUCCGCCCGCAAACCAAGGCAAAUGCGUUAGAAUUUAUCUAACAGUGAUAUUGGUAUGUCACACAUAUCUGACGCCAGGCAAGGAUAGCAAAACUGCAACACGCGACGAUCUAACGUGCAAAAUUACCUACUGCUCCACUGUGAAUCCUGGUGGCUGGGCUCCAGCGACCGUGCUCCGUGCUAUCUAUAAGAAAGAAUAUCCAAAGUUCCUUAAACGCUUCACAGGAUAUGUUGUUGACCAAUGUAAACAUAAGCCAAUUAUGUACUAGUGCUUGAGAUGAAUGCGUGAGAUUGGGAUGUUCGAGUGCCUGAAAACUGAAGUAACCCAGCAACGAUGGGCCAGUGGUCUGAAUCUGCAUCACGUCGAAUGAACAGAGGAAAUCAGUAGGUCUUGAUUAGAGGAAACUUAGAUUAUACGAAAAAUAUUACGGCACGUUGAUGCCACAGGAUCCUUGUACUAUGGUUAUUAUAACUUUGUUGACUGGCGUAGUAUAUAUUUUUUUUUCAAUUACUGAUAGAUCUUUAUUCUCAAAUAACGGUCGAAUAUUAUCAAAAUCUAUGGCUCAUAAAACAAAAUAUGGUAGUUCUUGGUUGUGCAGAGAAACAAUUGUUUUAUUAUGCGAUUUGAUAGAAAAUAUUCUGCACUGAAAUUUGACUAUUGGGAGAUAAUAUUACACUUAUAAUUUUAGUGAAGCAUUUAAAAGUGCUCUUUGGUGCCUGAUAUGGAACUAAUCUACCGAUGAACACAUCACUGUUCCUACAACAUGUCUGACUGUUGUUUUAAAUAUGUUAUAUAUACGUCUACCAGUAAUACAUUUUUUUUGGAAAUCUGUGUGUAUUAGAUGUAACACUAAGCUCUCAGUACGGUGUAGAAAAGGACUCUUCAACACCGUCAGAGUAAAGUUCGCAUUUUGUUUAUAGCGCCCGUACAGUGUUUUUGUCUACCGCAGCAACUAUUUAGUUUAAAGCAGGCUUGCAAUUGCUCAUUA